AUGGCGGCUCCUAUUAUGAUGAAUCUAUCACGUUUACUAAAUGAAUGUCAAUGCUUGCCAAGGGAUGUGCUGGUGGAAAAACUAAUUGAAGAUAAGGACGUUGAACAACUGACUAAUUUAAAACUUCAACUCUAUGAAAAGUGCAAGAAUAUCAGGGGUUUCCCCAAUGGAGAAUUCUACCAAAGACGAAAACCGAAAGGCACAAGCCAUUACUCUAGUUUGGAAGAGAGGCUUGCUGACGAUGUGUACGAACUGAUGACUUGUUUAGACACUGAAGUUAUCACUGCAGAAAUUAAAGCUAUGAUUAAGCAAAAUGAUUCAUUAGUUGCGGACAAUAGCAAUGAAUCACAAUCUGCACUCAUGCCAAAUAAUGAGCCUCGUAACAGUUCAGUUAUAAUAAAUCGUUCAAGUGGCUGGUCGGGGGUGAAGAGUAAGGUUGCUUCCUUGGAAGCUGGACAAGUCGUAUUUCGUGAAAGACUUAACCAGGAAAUAGACGAACUGUCAAGCAAAAUAAGCAAUCUGGUAAAGGUUGUCGAAGCACAGCGUGAGGAGAUAAACCUGAUAAAAGUUGAAAACGAAUUACAGCGUGAGGAGAUAAAAGCGAUAAAAGUUGAAAACGAAGAACUGCGCCUUCUCUGCACUAACAAGAAUCCCGUAUUCAACGCAGAAGGAGAAAGCCAAACUCAUCAAAAGCACUGUGGUGACAAAUCACCUACUUCUCAUAGUGACUGUGUGAAUGUGGAUUCACAUCAAAUUGAAAGCAACCAGACACUCAUUAAGAACUCGCUAAAUAAUACUGCACAUGAGCAGACGAACAGGUCUGCAGUUUCAAAGAACCAUGCUAAUCAAAGCAAUGAAGUGGAGAUGAUCCAUGUUGAGGAACAAUCGUUUUGCUCAAAUGUCCUGACAGGAAAAGAAGACCAACCGGUGUCAGAUGAGGCGACUGAGAAACCCAGCACGUCCACGUUUACACAAAGGAAUAAUCUCAUUAAUGCUCCUCAAAGUGCCAAACAACAGAACUUAACGUAUGCGGAGGUAGUGGAACAGCAUCCAGCUUCAAGCACAACGGCUAAAAAUGGUGAAAAAGUGACAUUUCGUCAAAAGCAAGGAACAGUAAAGCAAUCUCAAGAAUGUAACAAUGAACUAGCUGGUGACUCAAAUAAUGAAUUCAUUGGAGUUGAGCGUAAACGGAAUAAAAUAAAAUCUUUCUUUCUUUCUGGGAUUGCACAAAAUGUUACUGAAAAUCAAAUAUUGUCAUAUCUAAAAGAAAGAAAUGUAAUACCCACUCAGAUCCGUAUAUUCCACAGUCGACGCAAGGGGACUCUCUCUGCAAAAGUCAACGUUUCUUCUAAGAAUUGUUCAGCAGUGUCCGAGGAACGUUUUUGGCCAAAGUUCGUUAAGUGCAAGCCAUGGAAACCAGCAAGUAUUGUAGGGAAGAAACUACAAGGUGCUAGGAACUAUUCAACGCUUGUAUAA